UAAAAAUCUUCUAUAGUAAGCCAAUUUUUUUUUGCUAUAAAUAGAUAACCAUCAACGGUGAAAUACAUGAAAGGUUAAAAACAAAAAUACAAGAGAACAAAAAAUAAGAAUGAUGAAGCUCAUUGUUGUCCUCACUGUAUUCAGUUUGUUUUUUGCUUCUCAGCUUUCCAGUGCCGAUAAUCUAGAGAGUCCAUCUGAAGCCUCUCCUAUACAUGUGGGUGGAGGAGAAGGUUCACUUAAACCAGAACAAUGUCCGAAUGCAUGCAAUUUCCGAUGCUCAGCAACAUCUCACAAAGAGCCAUGCAUAUUCUUUUGUAACUAUUGUUGUAAAAAGUGUUUGUGCGUGCCAUCCGGAACGUAUGGAAAUAAACAAGAAUGUCCUUGUUAUGAUAACAUAAAAACCAAAGAAGGUGGACCAAAAUGUCCAUAA